CUCGAGCGCAGCAGGGCAAUCCAAUCGAGACCUCCAUCCGAAGUUGCCUUCCCUCUUUCCAACCAAACGGACGCGCCGAUUCGUUCCAUCAUUUGGUCUGACAUACCGACCAUAUCAUCUUCAUCACACGACCGGUCGUCCUCUUCUUCCUGCUACAGCUCCCCUCGAUACCCAUUUGCGCGCAUCACCCCACAAAAGACGCGAUCUGACUUUACCUUGCAGCGCUGCAACGACACGACGAUGAACUUCAGCGCGAAUGAGAAGGUCCUCUGUUAUCAUGGGCCUCUCAUCUACCAAGCCAAGGUCCUCGAAGCCGAAAUCUGGACAGGCGUAGACCCGUCAGAAGGCGGCUACACUGGGCCGCACUACUUUGUCCACUACCAGGGAUGGAAGCAAUCCUGGGACGAAUGGGUCCCAGAGUCGCGCAUGCUCAAGCUCAACGACGAGAACAUCGCUCGUCAGAAAGCUCUCGUCGCCGCUGCCAAACAGAAGUCAGAUGCAGCAAAAGAAUCGUCCGCCUCGUCUUCAGCAGCCGCAGCCUCCUCGAGCAAAGCAGGCUCCUCUUCCACCUCUGCCGCCUCCCGCUCCCGCCCACGGGACUCGGACGAGUCCUCCUCCAAGCGUCGCAAUGCUACAGGCGGCGCUGCUGGAGGGGAUGCGCGAGGAGCAAAGAGGGCUCGAGGCGGGGCAGGAAGUGCGGAUCUGGCAAAUGGAGCAGGGGGAGGAGCUGCUGGAGCGCUGGACGAUGAGUACUUGAGGAAGCCGGAGAUCAAGAUUGUCAUCCCGGAUAGCCUCAAGGUGCAGCUUGUCGAUGAUUGGGAGAAUGUGACGAAGAAGAACAUGCUCGUCCAGCUGCCGAAGAAGCCGAACGUACGUGAGGUCCUCAAGCUUUACCGCGACAAUGUGGUGCAGAGAAAAAAGGCGGCGAAAACUGGCGGGUCUAGCAGCAGUAACAGCGCAGGAGGAGGCGUAGCGCAGAGCACGCCUCUUGCCGUCGUGGACGAGGUGUUGCAGGGGUUGGAGGUCUACUUCGACAAGAGCCUGGGCAACAACUUGCUCUACCGCUUUGAGAGGCAGCAGUUCCUCAAGCACAAGAAAGGGGGGGCAGGGGCAGCGGGAGCAGCGGCGGGGGCAACGGCGGACAAGAGCGCUGCGGCGGAUGAUCGUCAGCCCAGCGAGAUCUACGGCGCUGAGCAUCUGCUGCGACUCUUUGUGAACCUUCCCUCGAUCAUCGCACACACGACGAUGGAUAGCGAGUCGGUAGGCAUCCUACGAGAGCACCUCGAUGACUUCCUCGCCUUCAUGGUCAAGGAGAAACCCAAGCUCUUCGGAAAAUACUACAUCGAGACGAGCCCGGAGUAUUCGAGGCUUAGUGGGAUCUGAGAGGUCGGCUGAGUUGGACAUGCAGCGGGCCCAGGGAGGACGGCAGGUCAAUCAGGAGGCAACCUCACAUCUUUUCCCUCUUUGUGCUACUCUAUCCUAUUGCCCAUCUUCUGCCCCUCUCGAUCAAUCGUCAAAGUCCAACUGCCCUGUCUCAACCAACUCGUGCAGAAAGGUACACAGCGAGAACACUGGCAGGCCUACGACAUUG